AUGAACAGUAACGACUCGGUGAACAGUGACGCUACAGUAGUGAUGAACAGUAACUAUGCCACAGUCAAUCACUAUCCACCUUGCCCUGAUUUGCCUCUAGGGUUUGGUCAGCAUAAGGAUGCUGUGGCUUUGACCAUUCUUGCUCAAGAUGAUGUUGGAGGACUUGAAGUAAAGAGGAAAACUGAUGCAGAGUGGAUUCUUGUGAAACCAACUCCUAACGCUUAUAUCAUCAAUAUUGGUGGCAUUAUCCAGAUUGAUAACCAAGAAGCUACUAUACCGGUGCUUGCUUGUCGUAAAUCCGUUGUCAGCUAUCCACCUUGCCCUGGAAGACUAUUUCUUCAGUAUCUAUAA